CUCUGGGGCAGCCACUGACUCGCGGAGGGGCGGAUCGGACAUGGCCGAUGACCGCGCAGGCAGCAGCCGCCUAGCCGAGGUUCAGCGCCGCGUCGCCCAGGCGCACCAGGAAGGCGAUCCGGAGCAGAAGCUCCGUUUCUACGACGGCUGGGCCCCGGAAUACGAAGAGGAUGUUGCUGCCUUGCAGUACCAAGCCCCCCGACUGGCUGCUGCCUGUUUGGCCUCCGUUUUCCAGGGACCCCUCCAGGACGCUCUAGUGCUUGAUGUGGCCUGUGGCACAGGACUUGUGGCCAAGGAGCUGCAGGCAAAGGGUUUCUGCCGCUUCCACGGCCUGGAUGGCAGUCAGGAGAUGCUGGAACACGCGUGUCGCAAGGGGAUCUACCAGGAUCUGAAGAGGUGCCUCUUGGGGCAGGAAGCCUUACCAGUUCCUGAAGGGUGCUAUGACGCUGUUCUGAUCGUGGGGGCGCUCAGCGAAGGACAGGUGCCCACCAGCGUGGUUCCGGAGUUGCUUCGUGUCACCAGACCAGGAGGCUACCUGUGCCUGACCACCCGGAGCAACCUGGGCAACCUGGAAUACAAGGCCCAACUUCAGCAAGUCCUGAACGAACUGGAGCAGCGGGGACUGUGGCGAAAAGUCGUGGAGCAGGAAGUUGAGGCAUGGGAGCGGGCGACGUCGGAGAAGGAGUCUGCACAAGGUCUGGAGUAUAUCCCUGGCGUGGUGUACCUGUAUCAAAAGAGCCCUGUCUUGUGAGGAAAACCUGCCAUUCCUCUACUUGCUGAGAGACCCCGCGAGGCUGGAACUUUGCUGUCCAAUGCAUGGAGCAUUUAAUAAAGCAGCCUGUCCCUUUGAGCAUGUGCAGAGUGC